AUGGAGCAGCAUACCAUGGAUAUCAUUGUGGCUGGCACAUGGUUUGCAAUAUUAAUCUAUGCAGUGAUCGCAAAUAUUCUACUAGCUAUACUUAUCGUUAGUAGCACCGAAACACGUACACUUACCAGCUACUGGAUUGUUGGUUCCUUCUCCCUUAGUGAAGUAGGCAUGGCAAUGACUGCUUUAUGUCAUGUAAUACCAUUCAUUUUACUACAUGAGUCAUUUUCCAAAAAUGAGUCGACUAGUGAUUUCUUGAUGCUAUCAGGCUAUCACUCAUUCUGGGCUAUAUCCCUAAUGCACUUAGUUCUAAUGGCCUUGAACAGAGUUGCAUGUAUUCUCUAUCCCACAUAUUACUCAACAAUCUUCUCUAAAACAAACACUAUCUGUCUAUUACUACUUUGCUACUUUUUGGGGCCUAUACUUUCCAUUCCUACUCUUUUUCCUUGUUGCUAUAUACUUCUGGAUUCGUAUAAUUAUGUAUCUUAUUACGUUGACCAAGAAUCAUGGUAGGC